AUGCUACAUUCGCUGCGCAGAGUCAGAGGUCGCCUGCCGCUGCAGCUGCCAGCAGCAAAUCGUCCAGCAACUGCAGCAGCAGCAACCAAUGUAAGAACGCACAGUACAGCUGCAGCAGCUGCAGCAACAGCAGCAGCAGCACCAGCAGUAUCUGCAGCAGCAGCAGCUCCUGCAGCAACAGCAACAUGGACUCACCUUCGUGCAUUGCACUCUGCUGUUGGUCAGGAGAAAGGGAUUGCAGGAGAAACAACAGCAGUAGCAGCAUCUGCAGCAGCAGCAUCUGCAGCAGCAGCAGCAACAGCAGCAGCAGCAGCUGCUGCUGCUGUUGCUCGGCCGCCGUAUGAAGCCCCUCUUGGGAAGGGCCGUGGAAAGCCUCUUAAACAACGAAGCCUCUCACAGCAGCGGAAGCAGCAGCAGCAGCAGCCGCAGGAGCAGCAGCAGCAGCAACAGCAGCAUCAACAAUGGCCGCAGCAACAGCAGCAGCAGCUGCAUCAACAACAUCAACAAUGGCAGCAGCAGCUGCAGCAGCAGCCACAGGAAGGGGGCUUCGUGGGUGUCUCCAGAAGCAGCUCCUGCUCCCCUGCAGCAGCAGCAGCAGCAGCAGAUAUGCAGCUAAGACAGCCGACGUGGCAGCAGCAGCAGAAGCAGCAACAGCAGAAUGCAACACUGGCUGCUGCGCAGCAGGCCGAUGCUAAAAUACAGCAGCAAAUCUCUUGGCUGCUGCAGUACCGCAUGUGGCAGUACCAGGCGCAGCAGCAGCAGCAGUGGCAGCAGCAGCAGCAGCAAUGGCAACAGCAGCAGUGGCAGCAGCAGCAGCAGCAGCAGAUGCAACAAGCCAACUAUGGUCAUCCUCUUGGAGAUCCAGGGCCUGCAGUAGGUUGGGGCUGUGCUGCGGUGCAGCAGCAGCAGCCUCAGCAGCAGCAGCAGCAGAUGCAGCAACAGCAGCAGAUGCCGCACAAUGGAUCUCCCUAUGGUGUACAUCCAGUUGUGUGGAGACCUCCAGACUGCUCAGAACAGCAGCAGCAGCAGCAGCAACUGCAGCAGCAGCAGCAGCAGAAACGGAUGUCUGCAGCAGAACGCAGACUGCAGCGGCUGCAGAAGAAGCAGCAGCAAGAAGAAGAAUACGAGCAGCUGCUGCAGCAAUUCAAGCAGAAGCCAAAGGAAUGGGCUGCUGCUGCAGCAAAGGCGAGUCGUAGAACUGCCAGCAGCAGCAACAACAACAACAACAACAGCAGCGGCAGCAGCAGCAGCACCAGCGGUACACGCUCUCGGGUAGCCCGUAGAACUGUGUUGCAGCAGCAGCGGCAGCAGCUGAUGCUGCAGCAGGGCCGCAGCAGCAGAAGGCUUCCUGCGCGUGCUACGCGUCGCAGUGACAGCAGCAGCAGCAGCAGCAGAAGCAGCAUUGACGAUUGCUCUGCAGCAACCGCAGCAGGAGGACCAGGAAGCAGCAGCAGCAGCAGCAUCGAUGAUUGCUCUGCUGCAACCGCAGCAACAGGGCCAGAAAGCAGCAGCAGCAGCAGCAGCAGCAGCAGGUACUUUGAGCCAUACUGGUCAAAGGAGACAGCAGCAAAUGCUGCUGCUGCAGGAUUAGCAAUAAAGGGGACAAUUCAUAUACCUGCAACAAAGACAGAGAGAGCACUAUUAUUGGUACGUCCUUCUUCUUUAUCUGCUGCUGCUGCUGCUGCUGCUGCUGCUCCUUAUAAGGUGUAUAUACACCCGGAGACACGGGAGUGUCUGCAUGCAUUUGAAGUUGGCGGAUUUAUAAAUCGCAACAGAGCGAUGCAUGCAGAUCUAGUUAUUGCUACUUUUGCAUGCAAAAUUCUUACAGAGGAUGCAUGCACCAACCUGCUGCAGCAGCUGCAGCAGCAGCAGCACGGGGAGCAGCAACAGGGGGAGCAGCAACAUAGGGGGGAGCAGCAACAGAAGGGGGAGCAGCACCAGCAGCAACAGAGCGUUGUGCUGCAGCAGUUGGAGGGCGACUCCCGUGGACAGUCAAUGAAGGGAGUUGCUUCUCCUGCUGCUGAUACACCUGCUGCUUCUGCGGAUGCUGAUGCUGAUGCUGCUGAGUUGGAUAGGCCUGCUGCUGCACAGGCAAGUGGUGCUGCAGCAACAGAAACAGCAGCAGCAACAGAAACAGCAGCAGCAACAGAAACAGCAACAGCAGAAACACCAACAGCUACAGCAACUACAGCCGCAGCAGCAGCAGAACCAGCAACGGCGGGUCGACGGCGGCAGACCCGCAGCAGCAAACUAUCCAGGGGGGAAGGAAGCCGUUGCAGCAGUCCCCUGCAGCAAGAGAAGCAGCAGCAACAGCAGCAACAACCACCGCAGCAGCAGCUGCAGCAACUGCUGCGACCUACAUGCCGCGUGGUGUAUAUAGUAGAGAGAGGAGCAGCAACAAGAGAGAUUGUUGCAGCAAUACAGCCGCAUCUGCAUGCAGCAGCAAUUCGCCGCUUCUUACGGCAGCAGCAGGUGCAGCAGCAGCUGCAGCACCUGCAACAGGAUGAGCAGCAGCAGCAGCAGCAGCAGCAAGUGUCGUUGCAAGACAUGGCUACUGUAAAAGCUCAACCAAGAGACAGCCGACUGCCGCCCUUCCGCGUCCCUCUGCUGUCUGUGCUGCGCGCCGUGCAGCAGCAGCAGCAGCAGCAGCAGGAAGGAGAGAACUCAUUGGAGGCAGCAGCAAGAUAUUUGCUGUCUCUUGCGGGCUCGUGCAAAUCUCUGCUAGUGUUGCUGCAGCGUGGGGAUUGGCCGCUGAACAUGAAGUCUCCAGAAGCAGCAACAGCAGCAGCAACAGCAGCAACAGGAGCAGCAGCAACAGCAGCAGCAGAUGUGUCUAUAAUAGGAAUAAAAGGAGACACAGCAGCAGAAGCAGACACAGCACUGCAGCUAGCUGGCUUAGAGUUUAGAGAUUUCCCUCCGCAGGUGUAUAGGCAGCUGCAGCAGCAGCUGCAUGCUACCUGCCCAUACACCGGAAAUCCUUUGUGGCUGCAGCAGGCAAUUGACAGCAACACUCGCAUUGAUUGCAGGCAGCAGCAGCAGCAGCAACAGCAGCAACAGCAGCAACCAACUGCUGCGCAAGAACCGGGGUUAAGCUUCUUUCCUUUGCUGCCAGAAGCAGCAUCAGAGGCAGGUGCUGAUGCAGCAGCAGCAGCAGCAACAGAAACAGCAGCAGCAGCAGCAGCAGCAGUAAAGAAGCUGCCUCUUCGUAUCUUUAGUAUAGAUCCUCCAACAGCAAAAGACCUUGAUGAUGCAAUCAGCAUCCGCAUGUUGCCCUCCCCUGCUGCACUUGCUGCUGCUGCUGCUGCUGCUGCUUCAUCAUCAUCAUCAGCAGCAGCAGCAGUAGCACCAGCAGCAGCAACAGCAACAGCAGUAGCAGCAGCAGGUUUAGAAGCGCGACUAACCUACUCUCAAGUUGACGAGUUCUUGGAGUCCCUUAGCUGCUGCAUGCAGCAGCACCAUUCGCGGUUGCUUCUAACGGAGCAGCAGCAGCGGCAGCUGCCGCAGACACAACAAUCCCCGUUGGUGUCUCCUCAGCUGCUGCGCCUUCUCUCUGCGAGGAACCUGCAGCAGCUUAUAGCCUCCCAUCAGCAGCACCACCAACAGCUGCAGCAACAGCUGCAGCAGCAGCAGCAGCAGGGUGAAGCUAACCGCACUGUUGAGUUGCUGCAGUUGCUGCUGCAGCAACUCGAAAGAGAGCAGCAAGAGGCGAACUUUAGUCUUAUGGAGGUAGCAGACGUCAUAGGCAUAGUGCGCGAAGAAGCAGCAAAGCAUGAUAUACCAGGCGGUGUGGCAGAGGACGUGCUGCUGCUGCACCACCUGGCAGCAAGACGGGGAUCGGUGCGCUGCAGCAGCGGCAGUUUGCAGCUGAAUUCUGCUGCUGGCUGGAGUGUCUCCUUCGAAAAGGUCACAGACAACAGCAGCAGCAGCAACAGUAGCAGCAGCAGCAGCAGCAGUGGGCCGCUGCGACUGAGAAUUGUUAGGGAGCAGAGGCCGUGGGCUCAUUCAAUGGUGGAGGAAUCGAUGGUCCUUGCUAACCACAUUGUUGCUGCUCACAUUGUAAAUGAAAACAGGAAAGCAGUAGCAGUAGCAGCAGCUAAUGCAGCAGCAGCAGGAGGAGCAGCAGGAGAGGCAACUCCAGAAGGUGCAGCUCCAGCAGCAACAGGAGCAACUGCCGCCCAAGGAAUAGUUACUUCUCCUGCUGCUGCACCAGGCCAGCCUAGCAUUGAGGGAGGAUCCGUUGUUGCUGCACAGCUACCAGCAGAAGCACCACCAGCAGCAGCAGCGACAGCAGCAGCAGCAGGCCCCGCUGCUUCUCCCUUGGUAUUUGGGGGUGUCGUACGAAGACACGGUAACAGCAACGCUCAAGCUACUCGUCGAGUGCUGCAGCUAAUUGGCCCUUCUCUUGCAAGAGAAUUCCGUGCAUAUGUACACUCCAGAAAGCAGCAGCAGCAACAACAGCAGCAGCAACAGCAGCAGCAACAACAACAGCAGCAGCAGCAGGAUGGAACGGCACUGGCUGCACCUGCUGAAAAUACAGCGGGAAAAGACGCACAAGAGCUGCGUGUAAAUACCAGUGGCUGCUUGAGCACCACUGUCUCAGAAGCAGAAGCAGCAGCAACAGCAGCAGCAACAGCAGCGACAACAGGGGAAGCAAAAGCAGCAGCAAUAGCUUCUCCUGCUGCUGCUGAUGAUGAUGAGGAUGAUGACUGCAGCGAACCUGCAUUAGGGGAAUUGUUGAAUUUCUGUGCAUCGCGAAUGCCCCCUCAUGCCUUUGAAGCCCUUUGCUUCGCCUGCUUGAAGGAUUUGCUGCCAGCAGAGUAUGUGCCUAGCCAUAGGGUUGUUGAGUCAGCAGCAAACCCAUCUGCUGCUGUUGCUGCUGGGGAUGAUAGCAGCAGCACGAGCAGCAACGACAGCAGCAGCAGCAACAGCACAGAUAAGGACCCCUCAUGCGAAUUAGCUUCAUGCAUAUCUCCGUCAUUGCCGAGCUCAACUCUCAACUCAGACGCGCCCUUGUCUGCUGCACAUUGGGGCCUUGCUCUUCCUGUUUAUCUUCACUUCACAUCUCCUAUUCGCCGUUAUGCGGAUAUUUUGGUCCAUCGAAUUCUUCAGUCGCCAAGCAUGACGGCAUCCUUAGCCGAUUUAGAAGCGAUCUGUAAUCACUGCAACCGCAGCAAACGUCGCGCUGAUGAUGCACAAUUAUCUUUUUCUUCAUGGUACUUUAAUCGUUUUCUUAAGGCUGCACAUCCUAAGGGACUUCCUUAUGGUUAUGCUUCUAUUGUACAUAUUCAUGUACCCAACAGUCGAGCUCCUGCUGCACGUGUUGCAGAAGCAGCAGUAGUAGCAGGAGGAGCGAAGGCUACAACAGAAACCGCAGCAGCAGGAAACGCAGCAACACCGGCAGUAGCAGCAGCAGGAAACGCAGCAGCAGCAACUUCUGAAAAGUUGCCAGGAAAACUUACCACAAACCCUCCCCAGCACGACUCCCCAUCAGGAGAUGGGUGCUGCCCCUCCACAGCAGCAGCAGCAGCAGCAGCGGCAGCAGCAGCUGCUGCUGCUGAUGAAGAAGUCCCCACACAGCCGGCGCUGCAGCUCUUUGUGCCUCUUCUGAGGCAGGCGCGCAGCUGCAGCCUUGCUACCCUAGGAUUGGAGCUGGUCUCAUGGAAGGAAGAGGAGGCCCCUGCUGCUGCUGCUGCUGCUGCAGCAGCAGACCACCCGUCUUCAGUGUCCAGUGGAGGCAGUUGCAUUCGUUCGAUCCGCGUGCGUAGACUGGGGAAGCCAGCGGAGUCUUCAUCACCGCAGCAGCAGCAGCAGCAGCAUGAUCCUGAUCAUGAUCAGCAGGAGCAACACCAGCAGCAGCAGCAGCAGCAAGAGAUGCUGCUGCAUGGUGAUGAUGAUUGCUCCUUUGUACAAGUAGAUAAGGAGACAGCAGCAAUGCUGCGUGGCCCUUCAUGCAGUAUUAGCGGAUUAAGAGAAGGUGAAGAAGCAAAUCUUUAUUUAUUUAAUGACCUUCGUGUGCUGCUGCUGCCAGGGGAGAGACAGUGGUCUCUUAGACUAUGCUUUGAUCAUUAA